UUCCUGCCUUCACUACAUCCUCCUCCUCCCUGUAGUGUCUCGUUUAUUUAGGUUUUAUUAUUCGUCUUUUUUAGGCAUGUUUUAAGGUUGUUGACUUAUUUUUAGAGUUUGUUCACAUCUGAGUCUGGAAACUUGGAGAUUUAGGCAAAUAAUGAAAGAUUCGUUAAUUUGUAAACAGGCUGUCUGCUAAGGUAGAGGCAGGACGUCAGUGUUUUCAGCCAUUAUUUGCUUCGUCUCUCAUUUACUGUAAGCCAAACAUGUCAUAAGAUGGAACCAUAUGUCUGGCCUUCAUAUUUGCUGGUCAGAUAAAUCCACCAUUGCCUACUUUUGGUCUCAUGAACGAAUAAUUAAGGCAACAUGGCCGCAGGCUACCCCACAAAGAUCUCCGCCGAGGGCCGCCAUGAUGGACUGCUGCCUGAGCCAACUUGUUGGGUUCCAAUAUUUUUUUGAAUUUUUCUGAAUGACUUUAUUUGGCUUCUAUAGUAAGUUUUUAUGAUUUAUAAAAAUAUUUCGUUGCUUUUGAAGUGCGUUUCUUGCCUCAGUUAAGUAAAUGUGGUGAAUUUGCUGCUGUUUUUUGUAUAAAUAUAGGACCGUUUUUACGGUGAAAUUUACCCACCCCGGUUUUUGGCUCUUUUAUUUGAGGCUGUAAUGAAGGUUUUAUUGCAUCAAAAAAUCGUUUAUGAUAUUUAAAGUGUUUUGCGUUUCUGAUGAGCUAAAUGUGUGGAAUCUAAAAUAGCUUUUGAUGCCGUUAAAAGUGGUGAUUUUGUCAUUUUGUGGAUUUUUUAUUUGAAUAUCUUAGCUUGUAACUAACUUUGCAUUGUUUAGAAAAACAGUUCAGAUUUUUUAAAGUGUUUUUUUAUUGGUGUAAAAUGAAAUGGGUGGACUUUUCAAUGAUUUUAAUGGUGUCAAAGAUUCAACACUUUUUACAUAUUUAAUAUUAAUAUUUCUUUACAACUGCUCAGGCUGGUGAUGUUUUGAUAUUGUGAAUAUUAGUUAAAGUAAUUGUCAAGUCAGAAUAUAUAAGGCAUUCGACCCUAGCUUCGUUUUUUCUAGGGGUCAAUUUUGAAAUAAAAUACGUUACGUACGUCAGCCAGCGGGGCGCCGGCAGCCCCCGCCUGUGACGUCAUCAAUGGUCCUGGGACUCGCUCGGAUACAGUGUCUCCUCGUCAGUAUUUACCGUAAUUUCCAGUGUUUUUCUAGGUGUUUCCAGGUUCAGGUAUGUAGGUAGUAGUAGUAGAAGGAGAAAAAUAGAUAAAUGGAGGAGGAGGAGGAAGUAGUAAGGAGAAAUGGAGGAGAAGGAGGAGGGGGCAUAACAGCAGCCAUGCAGAGCCACCAGUAUGUCCACCUGUCAGCUGCAAGUGUGCAGGGCUGGAGGAACUACACCAGCCAGGCUGUUCAGCUCCUGGAUCUCAACAGAAACAUUUUGGAUUCAUAUGUGUUGGAUUUCUUCACUGAAGAUUUGUGGUCUCGACUGAACCCAAAGUGGACAGCUGUUCUUGACAAGUUCAGUCCUGGUGACCUUGCCUCAUUCCUGCAGAAUGGUGCAAGUAUUAAACAGGAGAGUGCUUGGCCCCUGUCACUCCUGGCCUUCCUCGCUGCAUCCCAUGCCCUCAGCCUGCCCCGGAAGGCUGUGUCCUCUGUGAACCCCCUCCUGCACUACCUCAGUCAGCAGGUCCAGACAGGCAGCAUUAAACUUAAUAAACCAGAGUAUCAUGAGAUAUCACGUAAUGUAGAAAAUAAAUCAGAAAUUGAAUACAGAGAUGAAAAUUACUUACCAGAUUAUUCAACUGCAGGACAACACAAGUUACUGCAGCACGUGUUCCGCCGCCACCUGAAGCCAAAGAAGCAGCAUGAGGUGGCUCGCCUGGCCAUCGUGGCGGCCCAGGUGGCUCGCUGUGUCUGUGAUGGAGUCAUGGUGGACGUUGGCUUGGGGCAGGGCCACCUCUCAAGACUCCUGGCCUAUGGACAUGAUGUGAGAGUCGUUUGUCUUGAGGCAGAGGAUAAAUUCAUUGAUGGAGCUCGCAAGUUUGACCAUCAGCUGGAGAAGGCUGUUGAGAAGAUGACCAGGAAGAACACCAGUCUGCCGCUGCUGCCCCCUGGACCCCGGCAUGCUGUCUGCCACCUCCAGCCCAACAUGGACCCACACACCUUCACCAAGCUGCUGCUGUUGAUGUUCCCCCCCGUAAUCCUGUUGGUGAUGUUCUUCUUUUAUCAUAUUUUCUCAGGUGUGCAUUACAGCAUUACAUAUUUAGGUAUGUUGGCAAUGAUGAGUGUGACAAGAUUCUCAUGGCAGGUUAUCACAGGGGUCUGGCCAGAUCUUCAGUCAAGAGGGGAGGUGUGUGGCCUCCUGGGCUUGCACACGUGUGGGGACCUGGCACCAACCCUGCUCAGAAUUUUUACCAGCAUGCCAGCGUGCCAGGCUGUGGUGUCUGUGGGGUGCUGCUACAUGAAGCUGACCACUGCCAGUGAGGAGAAUCCCGGCUUUCCCAUGAGUAACUUUGUGAGGUGUCUCCCUGGCCACGCCCUGAGCUAUGAGUCACGGGAGGUGGCCUGCCAUGCAGUGGAAAUGUACACCGACCGUCUCUCUCUUGGCACCGACAACCUGAAGGUUCACUGUUACUGCGCCUGUCUGGAGGAGAUACUGGUGAAGCACUGGCCGCAUCACUACCACGCUGGCCUCCGCUCUGUCAACAACGCCAACCACAUGGACUUUUCCACCUACGCCAAGCAGGCAGUGUCUCGGCUUCAGGAUGUGGUGCUGCCUGAGGCGGAUCUGACAAGUGAAGAGACCUUGCAUAACCUCACCAGAUGGCAGCAGGUGGUGGUGUACUACUCGCUGCGGCUGCUGCUGGCACCGGUGGUGGAGGCUGUGGUGCUGUUGGACCGCCUGCUGUUCCUGCAUGAUAAUGGGUUAGAGGGCAUUCUCUUUCCUGCCUUUGAUCCACAGCUGUCACCAAGGAUUCACAUUCUUGUCAGUGUUAAACCAACUAAUAAAUUAUGACAGUUAA